AUGGACCGCAACGUAGAUCCAUACCUUGGCUCAUCGUCGCCGUCUGCCGAAGAGAAGAUUGAGCAACCGCCUACCAAUACCAAGGUCCAAAAUGUCGCAGAAGUGAGCAUCGACGACCUCCCAGAUGGAGUGAUUGCAUCUAUACUUGAAUCAGUUGCAGCUUCAGCUCGUGUGCCCGCCGACUUCCUAGCCGCAACCAUGACGUCCAAGAGGUUCACAGAGACGGGAAGGAGCCGUUCUGUCCUCAAAAAAGUCAGUGCGUGCUGCUUCGACGUCAGCGCGAAAAAAUGGUCGGAUGGGCCAAAAACAUUCUUGCAAACAUGCGCUGAAGCAGGCAACCUUGAUGCAGCAUAUAUCCUAGGGAUGAUCACGUUCUACUGUGUCAAGUUACGUGCGGAUGGCGUUGCACAGAUAUCAUUAGCCGCAACCGGAGGGCACAAAGAUGCGAUCUACGCUAUGGCAGUCAUCAUGUUCAACGGAAGCGGUGCAGGCGAGGAAAGCAGAGACAUACAUGGGGCCACCCAUCUGUGCGCACAUGCGGCAUCCCUAGGACAUGUCAUCGCCCUAAGAGAGCUGGGGUUCUGCAUACAUGAUGGAUACGGUGUCGAACGAGACACACAAGAGGGCCGCAGACUCGUAGCCCUUGCUAGGGCCCGUGAGAUGGCCGAAGCCCUCGACCAUAAUGGUUCUCUCUUGGGCCCAACAGAACCAGGUAAGGGGGGCCAACCUACCAUAGCAAACAAGUUUAUGGUAGAGUGGUUCAGUGCUGGAGAUGAAACACAGAUCGAGUCGGGCAACGGGGCCGACGUGUUACACAUGUGCUCGAACAGCCUUUGCGGCCGGCAAGAGACCAGAAUCAGAGAGUUCCGACAGUGCUCCUCGUGCGCCAUGGUUCAAUAUUGCUCUCGAGCAUGUCAGGCGCGGCACUGGAGUCAACACGCAGCGUCCUAA